AUGCGAAAGCUUUUCUCGACCUCUUCGUUCCUCUUGUCUCUGCCAUUGUCAGCUCAUACAGCUUCGUAUCAUGACGACGUUGGGGUACUUCAAUAUGUCAACCCCAAGAUUGGGACUUUGCCAACGUAUGGCGAUGAAGCCAACCAGCGUGGAGGGAUGGUGCCCUCCGUUUCUCCUCCCUUUGGCAUGACCAGAUGGACGCCGCAGACCCGAGAAAACUUCAUCUCGCAAUGCCCGUACGACGACGCAGAUGAGUACAUUCACGGCUUCCAAGCGACUCAUCAGCCCGCGAUAUGGAUGGGAGAGUCUGGGCAGGUCGUUCUAGGUCCUGGCAUUGGAGAAGUCAAGCCAUUGUUCACAGAAAGAGCGCACCGAUUCACCAAGGCCAAUGAGCGGAGUACGGCCUACGUCUAUCAGGUCACGAUGGACGCAGAGUCAGUCGAGGCCGGCCUGAACUUGACCGAAUCAAUCUACUCGCCAGUACCUGGCGGAGCACAGCCAGUGCCUGCAGUCGUUAGUGAAGGUGCGAAUGGUCGGACGAGGCGAGAUUUGCCAUCAAAUCCCGAGGCGACUGCAGCUACUCUGAGAAGCAGAGCUCACGAAGGCACGAUUCAUGCAGACAUGACGGCAACAUCUCACGUAGGCCUGCUACAAUUCAGCUUUCCAGUGGACGAGGAACCAUACGUCUUUCUACAGGCGACUCGCCAGAAUUGGACUGGUGAGGUCGAGAUCGACCCAGCGAAGCGAGAGAUCUGGGGGAGUAACCCGCAGAGACAGGACUACGACCUUGGCCUGCUACAUGCACCUGGCUUUAAUGGGUACUUCGUUUCACGCUUCUCCCAGCCGUUCUCAUCCCACGGUGUGGCACACGGUAGGCAGCUGCACGAUCAAGUCUCGAGCGGUCGUGGAGAACAUGUCGGAGCUUACGUUACUUUCGAGAAGGGCUUGCGAUCAGUUGAAGUACGAACGGGAGUGUCGUUCGUGAGCAUCGAACAAGCCCGGCGGAACUUGGACCUAGAGGCACCAGACAGCGAAAGCUUCAGCGAUGUUGUAGACAACUUAAAAUCAGCCUGGCUGGACAAGCUGGGCCGAGUGACCAUUGAAGGAUACAACAAGACAGACGCCGACCACGACCCUCGGACGAUCUGGUACACGAGCUUGUUCCAUGCUCUUCAAUACCCUUCGGACUUUUCCGAACCGCUUGAUGACGACAAAUACAGUGCUCGAACGUUUUACAGCGGCUACACUGAUAGCGUGCACGAAGCGCACGACUCGUAUUAUCAGUCAUGGUCGAUCUGGGACACAUUCAGGGCAGAGCACUCCACCCUCACCAUGUUUGCUCCGGAGCGUGUCAAUAGCAUGAUGCGCUCGCUUGUUAGGAUCUUUGAGUGGUCUGGGCGGUUGCCAAUGUGGGCCAAUGUGGUUGAGACGAACAUCAUGAUAGGUACCCAUGUCGAUGCUGUGAUUGCAAAUGCUCUUGAAAGAGGUUUCGAGGACUUCGACGUAGCGCAAGCAUGGGCUGGGGUCAAGAAGAACGCCUACGUCCCACCCCUACGAGACACCGAGCUGCUGUACUAUGACCGCGAGCCAAACACUCCCGAUGAAGUUCGAGCAGGUCUGACAGCGUAUCUCGACAAGGGCUAUGUGCCAAACGACCGAUGGGCUGAGAGUGGUUCGCGCACCCUGGACUACGCCUUUGACGACUACGCCGCCUCUGUCGUAGCAGCUCAUGCAGACGACAUGGCGGCCUCGCACGAGCUUCUCAACCGCAGCAUGAACAAUUAUCGUACCAUCUACAACGCUGACACCGGCUUCAUGGAGGCGAGAAACGACAACGGCACUUGGGCUGGUCGCGACCAGGGCUGGAGCGAAGGCGAUGACUGGAUCUAUACGUUCGAUGUUAUGCACGACCCCAAGGGCCUGGCCGCACUACUCGGUGGGAAGGAGAAAAUGAAAGCUAAACUUGACAAGUACUUCGAAGGCGGCCACAACCAGCAUUCCAACGAACCUUCACAUCACGCACCGUAUAUGUACGCCGCUAUUGGCUAUCCUGCGUGGACUCAGAACUUGACGAGGUCCAUCGCAUACGAUAACUACAACGCCACCUCAGCUGGCCUGAGCGGCAACGAAGAUCUUGGUCAGAUGUCGUCGUGGUACCUGUUCUCAGCGCUCGGCUUCUACCCAGUCAACCCGUCUUCGGACGAGUACGUGGUCGGCGCUCCUUGGUUCGAGAACGUUACGAUACGGUUCCCAGCUGGUGCGAGUACUGGCGGGAUUGGUGGGAAGGAGCAUACGCUCACUAUCACGGCUCCCGGUGCUGUCACGAAGCCGUUUGUGAAGAGCUUGACAGUGGAUGGGAAGGCGGUUGACAGGCCGCUGCUGCAUCACAAGCAGAUCGUGACGGCGAAGUGCAUUGCUUUUGAGAUGGCUGAUACUCCUCGGUCUUGGGGAUGCGAGGGCAUCUAG